AUGAGGAAGGUCAGAAAGAAAAGGUCAAACACCAAACGCCACCAAGAACCCACCUCACAGCGUGCUAGCUCUGAGUCCACCACACAGCAGACUAGCCCUGAGUCCACUUUGCAGCAGCCCAGCCCUGAAUCUACCCCACGGCAGCCCAGCCUUGAAAACACCCCACAGCAGCCUAGCUCGGAGCCCCCGCCACAGCAGCCUGCGACCCCAGCUCUUCCAGCUCCUCCAGCUCCCAAGACCCGCCGCUCUUCUGGGCACCUGUCGUCUUCGAACAAUGACAAAAAAGCAGCCCCUCAACCCAGGAAACCAGAGCCUCUGACUCAUGCGGGCCCGCGAUCCUGCUCCUGUGCCACUUGCCCCGGCAGCUCUGCUUGCUGGCAUCGUCUGGGGCUGUGCCACGGCCGCAUCUUCGAUGUCCUUCUGCCUCGGUACUGGCAGGCCGUGCCAGGGAGAGGAUGCCCAAGCCUCCUCACCUUCUACAGAAGACCUUCAAGAAAACACUCCAGUAAUCAUAACUCACGUGCUCCAAGCCCUCGGGACUGUUGCUGUAGCUCUGGGGGCCCUGGGAGCUGCCUACUACAUCGUUGA